UAUAAUUUUUGUGCUGGUUUUAUUAUUUGUGGGAGAGGGAGAGAGAGGCCCAGUGUCUUACGUUACGCCUCCCGUUGGUUGGUUGGUUGGUUCGUUCGUUCAUGUCCUAAACCAAUUCGCAUCCCUCUCUGUCUCUCCGAUCCAUCUCCUCCUCCGGCCGCACCACCGGUACCACACCUACUAUACCACCAAUGCAGACCCAGACCCAGACGACGACGACGACGCAGAUGACGAUGACGAGGCGGCCGGCGGCGGAUCAGGUGGUCGUUCAGCAGGAGGCGGCGGCCAAGGCGACGGAGGACAUGAAGAGCCGGCAGCAGGUGGUGGACGCCGGCUUCGACGCCGGGAAGCCGCCGCCGUUCCGCAUCGGCGACGUGCGCGCGGCGGUGCCGGAGCACUGCUGGCGCAAGAGCCCCUGGCGGUCGCUGUGGUACGUGGCGCGCGACGUCGCGGUGGUGGCGGCGCUGGGCGCGGCGGCGGCGGCCAUGGACAGCUGGGCGGUGUGGCCGCUCUACUGGGCGGCGCAGGGGACCAUGUUCUGGGCGCUAUUCGUCCUGGGACACGACUGUGGGCAUGGGAGUUUCUCGGACAACGCGACACUGAACAGCGUGGUGGGGCAUCUCCUACACUCCUUCAUCCUCGUCCCCUACCAUGGAUGGAGGAUCAGCCACAGAACACACCAUCAGAACCACGGCCACAUCCACAGGGACGAGUCAUGGCAUCCGAUCACGGAGGGGCUGUACCGGCAACUGGAGACGCGCACCAAGAAGCUCAGAUUCACCGUGCCCUUCCCGCUGCUCGCAUUCCCUGUCUACCUCCUGUACCGGAGCCCCGGCAAGACGGGCUCCCACUUUCUUCCCAGCAGCGAGCUGUUCAGCCCCAAGGAGAAGGGCGACGUCAUGCUGUCAACCACCUGCUGGUGCAUCAUGCUCGCCUCCCUCUUCGCCAUGGCGUGCGCGUUCGGUCCAGCCCAGGUGCUCAAGAUGUACGGCCUCCCAUACCUUGUGUUUGUGAUGUGGCUUGACUUGGUGACGUACCUGCACCACCAUGGCCACCAUGAGCGCCUCCCCUGGUACCGCGGCGAGGAGUGGAGCUACCUGCGCGGCGGCCUGACGACGGUGGACAGAGACUACGGCUGGAUCAACAAGAUCCACCACGACAUCGGCACCCAUGUCAUCCAUCACCUCUUCCCGCAGAUCCCGCACUACCAUCUCGUCGAAGCUACCAAGGCAGCCAAGCCGGUGCUGGGGCGAUACUACCGGGAGCCACAGAAGUCAGGGCCGCUGCCGCUUCACCUCCUUGGCGUGCUUCUGAGAAGCCUCAGAGUCGACCACUUCGUCAGCGACCAUGGCGAUGUUGUCUACUACCAAACUGACCAUGAAUUGAACACUAGUGCUCCCGGCUGGGCCGCCCAAAACCAUCAUAAGCAAAAAUGAUAGGUUCUCAAAGACUGGCCAAAGUAACAAUAUUUUUUUUUUACAACAAGCCACAGAAGAACUUCAACUCCAUAUAUAAUAUGGAAUUGAAGCCUAGCAUAGGCAUGAGAAAAUCAAAUAAGCAAGCAACCUAAGGGAUCCUCUAGUUGAAGAACAGGUUUGAUUAUAUUGUGAUUUGUGACAGGCGGGCAGCCCUGCAACACCACAGGACUAGCUACUUACUACACAUUGGUUCAUUGCCUCAUCAGGUUCAGAAUUAAAAUCAUUCCGCCCACUAGAUCGUAGCUAAGCAUCACUCCUACUAUAUACUAUACAAUAUAAUUAUGGCUUGCAUGUACUACCUAGAUGUUGAGUUGGAGCCCUAGAUUCGUGUAACGGUGGUUGCAUGGCCACUACUCUCUGAAAUUUGUAUUUCCUACCUCUCGAAAACGUUGUGUUGUGUGGUACAAAUUGGGCUUCGUCUGUACCAUUUUAUUUGGAAUUUAAUUAUUAUAUGGCUACUAAUGACAUCACA